AUGACGCGCGACGAGGCGCUGCAAAACAGCUACGGCCCGGAGGUGACGCCGUAUCAGACGGCCACUCAACCGCUUCCCGAGCCCUACAAUGGGCCGCCACGAUACGAGGGCGGGCUGGAGAAGACGCCAGAGCCCUCCCCCAACACGGCCAGCCCGGGCAACGAUUCGAUAGAGCGCGCGGUGGUUCAUCCUCACCCACUGCGCAGGCGCGUCUGCGGAGUGCCAAGGUCCAUCUUCUGGGUCAUCGCGACGCUCGUGGUGCUCGCCGUUGUCGGACUCGGCGUGGGUCUCGGCGUAGGGCUGGGCGUCAAGCAUGGCGGUGACGACUCGGCAUCGGCACAGACGUCGGAGACAUUGCCGGCGACGGCCACGGCGCCGAGCUCGUCCGUGCCCCCAUCAUCCACAGCGUCUUCGUCGUCAUCAUCAUCGUCAACAACGAGCAGCGCCGCGUCGGCCGUGGCCACGUCCGGCACCCACGGCAUCGCGGCCAACAGCUGCACCUUCAAGACUCCCAAGACGUACGCGGCCAAGGACGGGACCACCAUCUUCACGCAGUACUGCUUCACCGACUGGCCCAAGAACACGGCGACGGCGGACGGGCGCGGCAACGUGACGGACGUGAGCCACACGACGGCGUACACGUUCGAGGAGUGCAUGGAGGCGUGCCUCAAGUACAACAACGCGUCGGCGGCGACCGACACCAAGUGCCAGGCCGUCACGUACAACGCGAACCUGACGCUGAGCAUCGAGGUGCGCGCAAAGGGAGGCAACUGCUUCCUCAAGGACAGGAAGGGAGUGGACAUACAGGGCAGCGCCGAGGUGGCGUCGGGGGCGAUUGCGUUUUAG